GUCGUAACUAAAUAUUCUUCAUUCAUAGGGGAAAAAAGAAGAAAAAGAUAGAAUCAUGUUUCCCUGAGUUCUGCUUCUUCCUUUAUCUCCGACUCUUUCAGACAAGAGCAAUAAGGCGCCACAGAACCAACAGUUAUCGAUAAUGCAGACAAUCAUUCACAAUCUCUCGUUUUGUAGCUUUUAUUCUACAAUUAUUGAUCCCAAACCGAGUUUCCAAUUUUCUUCUUUUGUAACUCUUGCUCCAACUUUUUCAGUGCAACAGAAACUCUAUACAAGAGCAACGAAUAAACAAUUUAUCGCCGUUUCUGCAGCACCAUCAGCAGAUGUAGAGACUUCUUCUAAGGAUGAAUCUUUUUUGGUUACGAAAGUAGAGACUAAAAACAUCAAUGAAGUGAAGGUGCAUGUACAAGUAUCAGGAGAGAAGACUAAAACAGUAUUCAAUCAUGUAUUUGAGAAAAUGGUUGCUGCAGCUCAGCCAAUACCGGGGUUCCGAAGAGUUAAAGGAGGGAAGACCCCAAAUAUACCCAGAGAUGUUUUGUUAGAGAUCCUUGGAUAUUCUAAAGUCUAUAGGCAGGUGAUAAAGAAAUUAAUUAAUUCUGCUAUCGAAGACUAUGUUAAACAGGAAGACGUUAAGGUUGGCAAAGAGUUGACUGUUGAGCAAAGCUAUGAAGAUCUUGAAGAAACAUUUGAACCAGGUGAAAGUUUCAGCUUUGAUGCUAUUAUAAAGCUUCAAGAAGCGAGUUGAAGAAAGCGUUGAUCCUAAGGUACUUAUGAAUGUGAUUUGUCUUACCUUGUCUGGUAACAAUUAGAUUUCUUGUAGUGUAGGAAAGUUUGAAACUUCAGUUAAUAAAAGUUUGAAACUUCAGUUAUGUGUCGUUCCUCGAAUCUUGUAGUUUUAAUGAGAUGAUUGGUGUGUUCUCCAAAAAAA